UAGUGGCGCGGAGCAAGCGAUUUCAAGGUUGCACUUUUGAUUAUUUCCCAUUGUUCCCCCAGAUUGUCUCAUAAUUAUCUACAUCAGGGAUGGGGAACCUUUUUUCUGCCAAGGGCCAUUUGGAUAUGUAUAACAUCAUUCGCGGGCCAUACCAAAUUAUCAACUUAAAAAUUUGCCUGUUAUAUUUGGUCAAACAUUUAAUUAACUCACCUCGAAUGUGCAAUGGCUGGAACUGCUUCUCUUUGGUGAGGCGUGUGAUGUUAGCUGGUAUUGAUGAUGUUGCUACUCGCAACUGCUUUUCCAGGUUUGCUCCUAGAUUUAUUGAAUUUCGAGGUUGCCUUGGCAGGGCCACACCAAAUGAAUAAAAUGUGUUUUAAAAAUAAUCAGGACAUUAAGAUGUAAACGUCUUCUAAAUAUGAUCAGAAUUUGGAAGCCGACAGGACGUUGUCCAUCUAAUCCAUCGACCCUGCCUUCAAAGCGCCAGGGGUGUGUCACCACGCGUCUUUCUAGACCCCUUUUCUGCCGGCAAAUUUGAACCAGCGGAGGUGGUUUUUCCACUGGCUUUUGCGAAACUAGAACCAAACCAUGAUAUGCUGGCCUCACCAGACACCUCAAUUCGUGAAGACAAAGUAUCACUGCGCCAUCGAAGGUGAACCUUAUGGCGGUACCACGGGUUACCGUAGUACCCCGGCUCUCGCAUAAUGUCCGUGAUGCAGUCAUCUUUAGUCUGUUGAUGGUCGGCGAUGCGGUAAUUGACUCAUCUCGACGAGCUGUACACGAUGCACUAUGGUGCAUGUGAGCAUUUAGAGUUUCAGCGCAAUUGUACUCGCUGCGUUUCGACAUCGCGGCAUAGCACUGAUUUCGGAUUGAUUGGUACCUCAAUCGCGGAGUUAAGUACACCCCUGGAAAAAUAGUGUCCCAGAAAUAAAAUCUUUAAUUGCCUCGGCAAUUUUGUAUUACUUGUUACCCCGGGGUACUGCCAUAAGGAUCACAUAUCUCUACUCAUUCAUUACAUUUGAUAACAGCGGCGUGGGUCGGCUUCUGCAGUGGAAAAACAAUCUGGCCCCUGAGCUGCACUGAGUUGGCUCAACAUGGCCCCGGUGGGCCCUGAGUUAUGCAGUGGAAAAGAGAUACGUGCCACAAUUGGCCUGGGAUGUCUGCUUCUGAAAAUAGAGAAGAAACCCACUUCUUUAACACUUGCCCUGAGGUUUGCAGAUCUAGGAUUUCCAUCAGAACAGCUCGAGAAUUGGCCAUUGUGUUAUUGUUGCAGGAACAAAUAAAACAAUGCCCACUAAGGUUUUGCCUUCGGGUUAACACAAUUGUAUCUUGUGCAUUUUUGUAUUGCUUUGAAGGCUAUGUCUACUUUGAAUGUCCAUCAGAAUGGCAUGUGUGGUGGCCGCCCCAAUGCUGGAGCCGAGUGGGGACUUCCCGGCGUGGCUGCAGGCGCAAGGCGUGAAUGCGGAGGUGGCCCGGGCCAUGGACUCGGAGCUGGGCAUCCGGGACUACGGGGUCCUGCGCGCCUGCAUCGGGGACGGCCUCGUGCGGGCCGAGCUGCUGGCUACGGCGCGCGACCGCCUGCCCUUCGGCUUCUACGCCGUGCUGCGGCAGGUGGUGAAGGUCCUGCAGGGCACCGAGCCCCACGACGCUGGGACUCCACCCUGGGACGACGCCGCUUCCUCCCCUGGCAACGUGAUGCUGGGAGGCCUGGUGGACGUGCUGCUCAUGCUGUUCAGGAGCUUGAGCCGGGAGCUGCUGCUGUCUGUAGACAGGCUGGGAGCCAUGGACGGCUCUCGGAUGUACACUGAGGACUCAACUCCACCUGCCAAUGAAGGCAGUCCUGAGAUUGUGAUGAAAGUGGAAGAGGAACACCUUUUGGAAUGUGUAGGGGAAGGAGUUUCUGAGGAGGAUUUUGGAAUCCCCAUUCAAACUGUGACCUCGCUGCACUCGGAGCAAGUGAGACUCACCACAGCUGCUGAGCCUGACCCGUCUUCAUUGCUGCAGCAUGAGGCAGCUGCCAAGGUGAAGAGGAAAAGAGCAGAUGCUGUUACUGGUAGCGAGUGUAUAACCUUGCCACUGUCAGUAAUAACAUCAGCCCAUCACAGUACUGUGAGCUUGAAUGUGGAGCAGCCAAACAUCAAACAUAGUUCGGAGCUUGGGGCAGUGCUGCAUCACUGUGAUCAAUGCGGACAGAGCUUUUCACAGAGCGGCACUCUCAAGCGCCACCAGCGUAUGCGCGUGGGAGUGAAUGCCCGUGGCUGCUACGCGUACGGCCAAACGAUACGCAGCUGCAGAGACAUCGGGCACCACUCGAAGAUGCACACGAAUGACAAAUGGUGGCUGAAUGAAUCGGAUGACAAAUCGAUCUCGCAAGAUGUCCAGCAGAAGCAUCACACAUUUAAUCACGCGAGGGAGAGGUCCUUCCAGUGCGCCAUUUGCAGCAGAGCCUACACAAGUGCCUCUCAAUUAAAGGAUCACAAGCGCAUACACACGGGCGAGAAUCUUCACCGAUGCAACGUUUGUGAGCAAGCGUUCUUGCGGGCCGAUCACCUGAAGGACCACCGAAGCGUGCACACGGGCGAGAAGCCGUACGAGUGCAAGGUGUGCGGCCAGUCCUUUUCGCGCGCCACCACGCUCAAGCGUCACCAGCUGGUGCACACGGGAGAGAAGCCAUACAGGUGCGAGGCGUGCGGCAAGGCGUUCUCGCUCGCGGCGGCGCUCAAGGCCCACUGCUUCUUGCAUACGGAGGGGAAGAAGUACCAGUGUGGCGUAUGUAACAAAGCCUUCGCUCAACCUGAUUAUCUACGGAAACACAGGAAAAAAAUGCACGUGGGGGGUAUGGAUAUGAGACCAAAGAAAUAAGGAUUGUACUCUUUGGUUCUUUCGGUAAAGUCACGUAGGUAUAAAAGAAAAUAAAUUAAAUCACGACGUUUCGGGCGCAACACAAGCGUCCCGUCACCAGGUGGAACAACGACAGCAAGAAACAAUUGCUGAAGUGGGCAAAAGGGCUGCUGUAACAAGAGGCUAUAUAGGUA